AUGGAAUCAAUUACUGUACAACAGCCAGAACAACAACAACAACAGGAGCGGCCUGCUUCGGUGGCGGGGGCAGGUAGCGCCCCUGCGGUAAUUCCUCGAAGACGAGGUCGGGGAACAUUCAAUCAGCCAAUGCGGGCGGAUCAGCCUCUUGUCAACAACACCAAAGCGAGUGCGGUAAGCGACGGUGCGUCUGUCUUGACGGCCGUGACAACAACAGUUCUGCCGGCUGUUUCCCAUCCGCCGGCGCCACGGGUGCCGGAGGAGGAUCUUGCAGCGGAGUACGGCGGGCAGAAGCGUGAUAUUCCGCUAAACAUCCGUGAAAACUUUGGUGUAUGUGAAACUGAGCACGAGACGGAUACCGUCCGACAACUUCUUUUUCGUGGCGAGAAGCGACGGCGGUAUUGCAUCAUUGUUGGUGAGCUGCAGAACCCGUCCCGUCCCAUCACGCUGAAACUUUUUGGUCACAAGGGGUUAAAGCCGUUUAAGUUGCAGAAUAAACUCAUUCGUCUGGUGAAUAUCAGCGUUGGCAGGCCACGCCCCCAGCGGCCGGCGGUAGAGGAUGAUUCGACAGAUGCAAAUUGUGACAACAACAACAACAACAACAACAAGGCCGAGGAAGAGAAGCAUGACCACUCUGAAGAACUCCAAACGGAGGGUUUUCCCGGUCAAGAGGACGUCAAUGGCGACCCUGAGACAAUUUCAGAAGAGUGUGACGAGCAACAUGGGAAGGUUGAUAGCGAACAGGAAAAGCAGACGGAAGAGACAAAGUCGAUGGAACAAGAACAGGCGCCACAAAGGGAAAAUGAGACAGUCUCUCAAGAAAAUCGUGAAAUAAAAGAAGGGGAUACGUUCCAGAGAGGCGAGGAUGUGGACUUUUACGCGGAUGAGGAAACUGUACUCCCACUGACGGUUGAAUUGCGGGAUUCCAAUACAAGCAAUAUGGGUCAGCCGUCUUCCGUGUCAAACAGCCCUGUCCUUACAGCUACACGCUUUGACACACUUCGAAAGUAUUUUUUUGAUGAGUUUAAGCAUCUUCUUAGCAUGGAGGACGUUCGUAUGCAACAUGUUUCUAUUAAUCUAAACCUUGGUGCGGCCUAUUGCUGCCUCGCACGUGAAGGAUCGUACAGUACGCCGUUAAAGUACGCUACCUUCAGCGAGUUUGUGCAACGUAUGAAUGAAGAGUCUAUGCAGCUUUAUUUUUUGAAGGAUGCACCUACAUGUGUUUCUCGUGCAGUGGACAGGGAGUGUGGCGCUCUUCAGUCUGAGGCGGUGUUUUCUCUUGUAAAAAUUUGUUUCUUCUCAAAUGAGCGACAGAGUCGUUCCGUGGCACGCGCUAUGUGGGAUGCGCAUGAGAAUCGGUUUGUCUUACUGGACAUGGAGAGUUCUGGUGUAACGUUUACAUGGACGGUAUUCUCUGUGGACGAGACAGGCGUGGCCGUUGCGGCACCGAAGUCUGCUAAUGAAGAAAAUGGAAAUCUGGGUGCUGUUGGCAGCGGUACGGCUCCCAUCGGCAAAGUUGUCAUGCGGAAGAAAACUGUGGCAUUUCCAUUUGAACUCGAGUUUCAUGCUUACCACCGCUGGAAGCAGCAUACAGAACACCCUGCCGCCCCAAUUGCAGAAGCGAUUCUCGACAAAUUGUCCCUCGCCGAGCAUAAUUUAAUUCACCAUGGCUCAACGAUUGGCUACGAAAGUAUGGACCUCUCGCAUGUCUGCGAGGUUGAUGCCGAGUCGGAGGACUUUAAUGUGGAGAGCAUCAUCGUCGAGCACACCUCACGCGUGAAGCCACGAGGAACAGACCUCACAGUCGACAGCACGUCUUCACUCUGGAUUGAAAAUUUUACGGCUGCUCGUGCCCUUAAAAGCCGUAUCGCGCAGGGGAUGGUGCCCAUUACAACAGUUUCCCACCACGUGGCGCGAGAGAAGCCACGAGGACGUGGAGGUCGUGGGCCUCCUACUCAACACGUGGCAAAACAAAAUUUAGUCACACCCGCCUCACGACUGACAUUUUUUCGAUCUCGUAGCAGCACCGUGCACUGGAAGCUGCGGCCCGGUUACAGUACGGACGAGAACCUGGCGCCACUAAGUGAGGCCCUUUGUUUUGCGCAACAAGUGAUAAACACAGCCAAUGAGAUUGAGCGCACAUCGGUGCGUGGUGGAGCCGCCCCAGACGCCCUGUAA